AUGAGUGAGGGGAAUUCCUUCCGCAGUGCAGGCGGCGGAGAUGGCGAGAAAGUGGAAAAGCGGUUUAAUAACAUUUUGGAGAUAGAAAAGCCAUAUUCAGUAUAUCUGACUGCUGUACUCUCUAACGUCACCACGGCGGCCCAGCCAGCCUGCGGAGUUUCACAGAUCACCAGUCGGAUAGUUGGCGGUACUGCUGCUACUGAAGGAGAAUGGCCCUGGCAGAUCAGUCUGCGGUACCUAGGUUCUCAUAUAUGCGGGGGAUCCCUAAUCUCCAACCAGUGGAUACUGACGGCUGCACACUGCUUUCGAUCGUCUAAACGUCCAUCAGACUACACCAUUGUCCUGGGCAAGUACCAGCUGUAUGUUAUCAGUCCUCACCAGAUCACCUCCGGAGUGCAGAGUAUAACGGUGAACUCCCAGUAUGCCGGUGCGGCAACCAUUGGAGACAUUGCUCUGAUGGAACUGUCCAGUCCUAUCACCUAUACCGAGUACAUCCUUCCGGUGUGCGUGCCUCCAGCCUCUAUGAGCUUCCCGUCCGGGAUGAACUGCUGGGUAACUGGAUGGGGUACCAUAGGAUUUGGCGUGAACCUUCCAUCCCCGGGAACUCUGCAGCAAGUGCAGGUGCCACUAAUCAGCAACAGUGCAUGUAACCAGAUGUACCUCACCGGCUCCACUGCUAGCGCUGGCUCCACAAUCAUCCCUAGCGACCAGAUCUGUGCCGGCUACCAGGCUGGGCAGAAGGACUCCUGCCAGGGAGACUCUGGAGGACCCCUGGUCUGUGCCGUUCAGGGCGUUUGGUUUCUAGUGGGCGUUGUGAGCUGGGGAGAUGAAUGCGCCUUGGCUAACCGGCCCGGAGUUUACACCUAUGUCCCCGAUUACUAUAAUUGGAUCAAUGGCAAUACCAAUGUCACUGCUAAUGCCAAUACCAAUGUCACUGCUAAUGCCUAUGCUACUACCACUGUCAAUGCCAUUGGGUAUGCAGGUGCCACUACCAUUACCACUGCCAAUGCCAAUGCCAAUGCAGGCAACGGAGCAUCCAGAAGCAUCAUAUCCUCAUUUUCUCUUCUAACUGCAGCAUUCAAUAAUUCCCCAUGCAAAGCAUUCUCUUACCCCAGGUCCAGCAUUCAUGGGGCCUGGAGAUUCCCCGGACUGGUGAACACGCUGUGUUGGCUGCUACUGGAUAACUGUCUGAAAGACCCAACAUGGGAGAUGGGAGAGCCAGGGCCGAGAUCAGCAAGUCACAGGCCCAGUGACUGGAACCAGCAAAUCACAGGCCCAGCGACUGGAACCAGCAAAUCACAGGCUGAGCGACUGGAACCAGCAAAUCAUAGGCUGAGCGACUGGAACCAGCAAAUCACAGGCCCAGAGACUGGAACCAGCAAAUCACAGGCCCAGCGACUGGGACCAGCAAAUCACAGGCCCAGCGACUGGGACCAGCAAAUCACAGGUCCAGAGACUGGAACCAGCAAAUCACAGGCCCAGCGACUGGGACCAGCAAAUCACAGGCUGAGUGACUGGAACCAGCAAGUCACAGGCCCAGCGACUGGAACCAGCAAAUCACAGGCCCAGCGACUGGAACCAGCAAAUCACAGGCCCAGCGACUGGAACCAGCAAAUCACAGGCCCAGCGACUGGAACCAGCAAAUCACAGGCCCAGCGACUGGAACCAGCAAAUCACAGGCUGAGCGACUGGGACCAGCAAAUCACAGACUAUAUUUUGGUUGCUUCUCUACUAUUCCCCAAUAUUCGCCAGGCCACCAUCGAACCGAUUUCUAUCUCAGAUCAUGGAUUGGUUUGGGUUGAACUGGCUUAUACAGUGGAAAAAUCUUCUCCUCCUUUAUGGAAAUUCCCUUCGCAUCUAGCGAAAUCUGAUAAAUUUAAAAGUAAGUGCGAGGAAAUCUGGGAGAAUUUUCGAUUGGAUAACUCAAUACAUGAAGCAGAGAACCCUUCUCUUUUUUGGCAAACCGCCAAAACAGUUCUGAGAGGUGAAGUGAUCUCCUAUUACUCACAUCUUAGGAGAUCACUUAACCAAACGUACCUGGAAGCCCAAAACAUCCUAUCAUUGGCAUAUCAGUCUUUCAAAAUACGGCCCUCACUGGAAACCAGAACAGCUUAUAUUUUGGCUAAAACUACCUUUAAUGAUAUCUUGCAUCUAGCGGGGGAAAAGUAUCAGUUUAAUGUUAGUUACAAAUUUUACCGCUUUGGAAACAAGGCAGGCAGACUCCUUACUUCACUAUUGCAGGGAUCCAGGAAACCAAUGAUGGUCCAUCCCUUACAAAAUACGGAUGGCUCCCGUACCUCUUCUAAUGCUCAGAUUGCGGCCAUUAUGCGUAUUAAUAUCUGCUCUGAUCUCCUUAAUCUUUACAAAAUUAACGACUCUCCUCUCAUAGAGAACCUGGCCCUCAAGAUGGAUUCCUGGACGGAUUUACCAUUAUCUCUCCUGGGGAGACUUGAAGCACUUUUUUCUAAGUUUCUUUGGCGAGGCAAAAGACCGCGUAUAGCCAGACAGAAACUAAAAUCCCCUAAAGCAAAUGGUGGCUUUGCUGCUCCUGAUAUUCAGGCAUAUUCCUUAGCUGUCCAGUUCCGCUAUAUUAUUGACUGGCUCCAUGCAACAUCCCAAUAUGUUGAUUACGACCUUGACUUAGCAAUAUUCUCUCCAUACGCCCCUAGUGCGCUAAUACUUUCACAUCACGCCCAGAUACCUUCCCAAUUAAAGAACCAUAUAUUAUUUAAAGACACUUCCCACGCUUGGUUAACCAUCAAUAAAAAAUGUCAACGAGAUCCUCAUUUCUCCAAAUUUACCCCGUUGUGGGGUAACCCAGCGUUUCCGCCCUCGUUGCACAAUGCUACGUACUCCCUCUGGAAGGAAAAGGGCCUUGAUUCCUUUCACAAGGUGUUUGACCCAGGAGGAGUCCUGUACUCCUUCUCUGCUCUUUGCCAGAAAUUUAAUUUGUCUCCUCGCCACUUGUAUAUGUAUUUCCAGGUGCGUCACUUUGUACUCUCUUAUGAUGCCUUGACUCACGCAAAAACUUCCCUUAAGGAAUACCCUGCUUCUCAAGCUAUUGAUGCUCUCCUGCAUUCUUCCCAGGCAGCUCCAACAAUCCUAUCUACCACUCCAGCCCAGCCAACCUGCGGACUUCCAGUGAUCAGCAGUCGGAUAGUUGGCGGUAGAUCUGCUACUGCUGGAGAAUGGCCCUGGCAAGUCAGUCUGCGGUACCAAGGUUCCCAUAUCUGUGGUGGGUCCCUGGUCUCCAACCAGUGGAUAGUGACAGCUGCACACUGCUUUGAAUGGUCUAAAAGUCCAUCAGACUACACCAUUGUCCUGGGCGAGUACCAGCUGGAUAUUACCAGUCCUCACCAGAUCACCUCCGGAGUGCAGAGUAUAACGGUGAACUCCCAGUAUACCGGUCCGGGAUCCAAUGGAGACAUUGCUCUGAUGGAGCUAUCUAGUCCUAUUACCUUUACGCAGUUCAUCAUUCCAGUGUGCGUACCUCCAGCCUCUAUGAGCUUCACGUCCGGGAUGAACUGCUGGGUAACUGGAUGGGGUAACACAGGCUAUGGCGUGAACUUGCCAUACCCGGGGACUCUGCAGGAAGUGAUGGUGCCAAUAAUCAGCAACAGUGCAUGUAACCAGAUGUACCACAUCAACUCCGAUGUCGGCUCCAGCGUGUCCAUCAUCCCUAGCGACCAGAUCUGUGCUGGGUACCAGGCUGGACAGAAGGACUCCUGCCAGGGAGACUCUGGAGGACCCCUGGUCUGUGCCGUUCAGGGCGUUUGGUUUCUAGUGGGCGUUGUGAGCUGGGGAGAUGAGUGUGCCUUGGCUAACCGGCCCGGAGUUUAUACCUAUGUUCCCCUUUACUACAACUGGAUCUACUCCGAUGGAGCAUUGAGGAAUGUUCCGGCGUCCGUUUCAGCCGUUACCUCAUCGGUGCUGCUUCUAGUGACCUGUUUGCUAGCGCACAGUUUUCACUGUACUCUGUCCAUUGCCCCUCCUGUCUGCGGCUCCCCGAGGAUCUCCAGCCGGAUAGUGGGGGGCACAGAUGCGGCAGACGGGGAAUGGCCAUGGCAGAUCAGUCUGCAAUAUCGGGGACGCCAUAUUUGUGGAGGAUCCCUGAUCUCUGCAGAGUGGGCGCUGAGCGCUGCACAUUGCUUUGAAAAUUCAAAUCGAGUGGAGGAGUAUCUAGUUUAUCUGGGUUUAUAUCAGCUGGACCAGACAAAUCCUCAUAUGAUUGUUGCUGAGGUACAGACCCUCAUAAUUAACCAGGAGUUUAAGGGAACAGGAGACAAAGGCGACAUCGCCCUGCUGAAGAUGUCCAGCCCUGUCACCUACACCCAGUACAUCAUGCCAAUAUGUCUGCCAUCCGCUGCGGUCACUUUCCCCUGCGGUAUGGAAUGCUGGGUAACCGGUUGGGGUGUGACAUCCUAUGAGGGAAUGCUGCCUCACGACAAGACUCUACAGAAGGUGAUGACCCCUCUGAUUGACCAUGAAACAUGUGACCAAAUGUAUCACGUUCAGCCCCUGAAGGGCACCAGCUCCGUCAUUGUCCAAGAUGAUAAGAUAUGUGCCGGUUACAGGGAUGGACAGAAGGAUUCCUGCCAGGGAGACUCCGGUGGACCCCUGGUGUGUAAAGUGAAAGGUGUCUGGUACCAGGUUGGCAUUGUAAGCUGGGGAGAUGGCUGUGCUGAUCCAUACCGCCCUGGGGUGUACACCCUGAUAACAGCCUAUGAGACAUGGAUCAGCACGUUCGUGGAAUUGGAAUUGCUCGAUGUGACAGAUAUCCCUCAACCCACUCAGACAUGCGGGGGAGAUCUCAGCAAUGACCUCGGUACUGCAGAUCCCAGCAAUGACCUCGGUACUGCAGAUCCCAGCAAUGACCUCAGUACUGCAGAUCCCAGCAAUGACCUCAGUACUGCAGAUCCUACAACGAAUAGAGGGAGUACCAGCAUUUCAUGCCAUCAGUGGACUCUGGUUUUAGCUGCUUUUCUUCUGAGCAUUUUCUAA